CUUCAAUUGGUCCUCCGGCGGGGGCUCGGCUACCCCGUCAUGCACUGGGGCUCGGCCCGGGUGGCGGACGGAGGAGAAGGUUGCGCAGAGAGGGAUCGGAUCCGGGAGGCGUCGUGAUGGCUGGAGUCGUGGCCCGCAAGGUCUUUGACUAUGUCAAGAGCAAGGAUUUCCGUGAUUACCUCAUGAGGUGCCACUUUUGGGGUCCAGUGGCCAACUGGGGCUUGCCCAUUGCUGCCUUUAGUGAUAUGAAGAAAACUCCAGAGAUCAUCAGUGGCAGAAUGACAUUUGCAUUGUGCUGUUAUUCCUUGCUUUUCAUGCGGUUUGCAUACAAGGUACAGCCUAGAAAUUGGCUUUUGUUUGCUUGUCAUUUCACUAAUGAAACAGCACAGAUCAUUCAAGGAUGCCGCUUGAUCAAGCACAACAUACAGAAGAAGAAGUCAUCUGAAUGAUGUCAAACUGGACCUCUUGCAGCACUUUUACUUCAUUGGAUCAACAUGCUGCCAAUACCAGGAUACUUCUAUAUUAUUCACGCACAAGAUUCUACAAGUCCAGUCUAUGAUUUUGAAAGUUUUUCAAAGAUAUUUAAUUCUAAUUAUAUUCUGUAAUUGAUAAUCAGAUUGGUUUAGCACGGUUUCUAAAAUUGCCUUAAAUUUGUAAUAACAUCAUUAUACAUGGAUUUCCAAACAUAGUCAUGUACAUAUUUUUCUCUAUUUUUAACAGUAUGGUGAAUUACACUAUACAUAAAUUGAAGAAAUUGUAAUGUUGCAGGGAGUGGUUAUGAUCAUGGCUGUUGUAAUCAUUAUUUUGGAAAGGUUUUUUCUCGGUUUGAAACUUUUUAAUAAAGUGUGAUGAGAAAUUGCUGUGCUGGCUAUUAAAAAUGAAUUAAUUACCA